AUGGGAACACGACCGCCGGGAAACGACAUCACUCGCAGCACCAGGUGGGGAGGCACGGGUAUCGUUCGCAUUGGCUCUGCUUUGCCGCCAAAAGAAAAAAGAAGGGAAAAAAGUAAAGAGGUUGAAACUGUGUGCGUGGUGUGGGUGGUCCGCCGUGGAUGCCGUGGAUGCCGUGGAUGCCGUGGAUCUGGUGAGACGGACGGACGGACCGACGACGACGACGACGACGACGUGGAAGGCCAAACAAAGCCUCGCCUUGCCAACCGCCUCGCCUGCUGCUGCGCUGGCAACUCUUGUGCGAAAUUGGUGGCGGUGUGGGGGAUUCGCGCCUGGCUUGUGCUCGGCUGCAUCCCUGAUGCGGAUGGAUCAGGCAAGGGAUCUCAUCAUCUCAUCUCGCUCAUCGUGGAUGGCAAAGGGCAUCGUGGUCGCUGGUCCCCAUGGACGACGGACCGACGCCAUCACGAUUCGUGGGAGCAGAGCAGCGAGCCGGCUACCUGUUUCCUGUUCGCCGUCUGUCGUCUCUCGCCUGGUAUCACCUUGGCCAUUCCAGGCUGGACCAACGGCUCGACAACAGGAGAUGGAGGCACCAACAGCAACAGCAACAGCAACCACGGCAACCACGGCGGCGGCGGCGGCGGCGGCGGCGGCAGCAGCAGCAGCAGCAGCAGCAGCAACAACGACAACGACAACGACAACAGCAGCAGCAGCAGCAGCAGCAGCAGCCAGACCAUACGAGUGAGCUCAGGCCACCGUGACCAACUCCCCCGGGCACCCAAUCAUGUGUGUAAGCAGCCGAGCGCGGAUGAUGCAAGAUGGAAGUUCGUCGUGAGCGAGGCCGUGCAUUUCCAUAUACUGGCGCCCGUCGUCGCACAAGCAUCGAGCGAAUACGCGGGUGCGGAGCCGACGCAGGCAUGGAUGAGCAAUGGCCGUGUCGAAAUGAUUCCAGCAGCAGCCUCGAGUGGGCGAGAAAGAGAAUGCGUCGGUCGAGAGGGAAGAAAACGUCUCCGGUCCAGCCAACAGAAGCCAGCAAACAAGAUCCAACUAGCCAUGCAGCUCACUCCCAAUACAGCAUCCCUUCUCCCUAGGCAGGAGAGGGAGGGGGAGGACAAGAAGAAGGAGAAGAAGAAGAAGAAGAAGAAGAAGAAGAAGAAGAAGAAGAAGAAGAAGAAGAAGAAGAAGAAGAAGAAGAAGAAGAAGAAGAAGAAGAAGAAGAAGAAGAAGAAGAAGAAGAAGAAGAAGAAGAAGAAGAAGAAGAAGAAGAAGAAGAAGAAGAAGAAGAAGAAGAAGAAGAAGAAGAAGAAGAAGAAGAAGAAGAAGAAGAAGAAGAAGAAGAAGAAGAAGAAGAAGAAGAAGAAGAAGAAGAAGAAGAAGAAGAAGAAGAAGAAGAAGAAGAAGAAGAAGAAGAAGAAGAAGAAGAAGAAGAAGAAGAAGAAGAAGAAGAAGAAGAAGAAGAAGAAGAAGAAGAAGAAGAAGAAGAAGAAGAAGAAGAAGAAGAAGAAGAAGAAGAAGAAGAAGAAGAAGAAGAAGAAGAAGAAGAAGAAGAAGAAGAAGAAGAAGAAGAAGAAGAAGAAGAAGAAGAAGAAGAAGAAGAAGAAGAAGAAGAAGAAGAAGAAGAAGAAGAAGAAGAAGAAGAAGAAGAAGAAGAAGAAGAAGAAGAAGAAGAAGAAGAGACGCAGCCACCCCAAAUUGAAGGGGUACGCCCGUGUCCCAUACACAUGGGAGCCAUGGGCCGCGAGAUGUCGAACAAGGUUUGAGGCUCAUCGUCUGCCUACUCCGUAUUACCGAGUGCUCCGUCAUGGGUUCCAAGGUUCUUCUGCCUCGGACAUGUCAGAUCAACGACAUGGCGAGACGAGGCGAGGCUCCCUGGCAAGGAAAAAAAAUGCGGCAAGGUGGAAAGUGAGCGGCCAUCCCAUGACAGGUCGUUUUGUCGUCUGGCAGGGGUUCUUUUUCAAACCGGAAGCGUCGUGGUCAGUGGUCACCACGGUCCAGCCAUUGAAAACCCAAGAGCUGCUCCGACGAGGCUUCUCCGAAUUCUCCCUGGUUUCCAUUCGGUUCAUGUAUGUGGCAUUAUGCAUCCGGACCCUGGUCCCCUCCCCAGUCGUCGUGUGUGGCCCCAUCAUGGUCCAAACACACAAAAAGAUUGCGCGGAGCAUCAACCAAGAUACGAGGUAG